CAAGCAUUAAAAUACUAUGGUCUCACCCUCCAUGUCGCCAAUGGAGCGGCCUCCGCCAACGACGACGGCGAUCGUGAUCGCGACAGCUAUUUUGGCAGGCGUCGCGGGAUAUUUUAUUGGCCAAGGAGCAUCCAUAGGGCUUUUCGGGUCGGCGCCUGUUUCGCACCGACGUGCGCCUGCGGUGAAGGAUGUCUCUGAAGACGAAGAGAACGACGAGGAGGAGCUGGAAAGUGAGGAUGAGGGAGGUGAGCUUGCAACGUUCGAAGGCAAUGCAGAGGAGGUGAAGCUUGUUCUGGUGGUGAGAACGGAUUUGGGCAUGGGGAAAGGCAAAAUCGCCGCUCAGUGCUCCCAUGCUACGCUCGCUUGCUACAAAUACUACUUCUCCAAGGCUCCUGACUCAUCUAUCCUCAGACGCUGGGAUAGAGGUGGUCAGGCCAAGGUUGCGCUUCAGGUGAAGAGUGAGGAAGACAUGCUACUCCUGCAGGCGCAAGCACUAAGCUUAGGAUUGUGUGCUCGUGUAAUACAAGAUGCUGGACGGACACAGAUCGCGAGCGGCAGCCGGACAGUUCUAGGAAUUCUGGGACCGAAAAGUGUUGUUGACAGUGUGACGGGCCAUUUGAAGCUACUGUGAUGGGUGCUCUUCUUUUUCAAGAGAACAUUCUUGAUAAUCUGUUAGACACGGGCGUUUGAGGGAGUACAAAACCACAGGAAAGAGCUGUUUGGGAUAGGAAAGGUUUUCAAGAAACUUGUUUUUAUUGACUAUAUAAAAUGUGUGGCUGUAUAUAUGGGUUUUGCGCAUGCAGCAAACAUAGAAUUUCAGGCCCAUCAAGGCCAGGGUCCUUCAUACAUGAAAAGCAAAUUCAUUUCGUCGCAAGCGUUAUGCCUAAGCGAAUCAAUCACAGAGGAGACAAAAAAGGUAUGUUGGCUGCCAUGGUUUUUCCCUAACCUCAUCAGCCGACGGCCUAAUCCCAUAAAGGGAUGUAUCGGUGAAGGGAGGUGGAAUAUGGCGUCUUCAGCAUAUCAGGCCAUCUCACCGAGCUCACCAAAUGGGAGCUCAAGGCAGAGUGUACUCCUGACCGCUGCAUCUCAAUCUGAGAUCUGUCGACCGGAAAUUGACACCAUGAAAUUUAAAUAGUGAUGGCUCCAUAGGUCGUCGAACUGUCCAGAAUCAACCGAAACACAGCCGAAGACCACCACGAAUGAUGGUCGACCGCUCGAACAGGAUUGCUGGGCACAGAUCUGUGGUUUGG